AUGGUUGCUGGGUUUUCAUCUGUCAUCAUUCGAGCCGUGGUAGUCCAAGGUGGAAUUGGUCCUAUUCUAAAUGACUCAUUUUAUGGAGACAGGCUGAAUUUUUGGGAUUUCAACCUAAGUCCACUACAGCGACACUCCUUUUGGACCAUUGUUGUUGGAGGAACAUUCACGUGGACUGGAAUCUAUGGUGUCAACCAGUCACAAGUGCAGAGAUAUAUCGCUUGCAAAACCAGAUUUCAAGCUAAAAUGUCCCUAUACGUGAAUCUGGUAGGACUUUGGGCUAUCCUUUCCUGUGCAGUAUUAAGUGGACUGGCCAUGUACUCUAUAUACAAGGAUUGCGAUCCAUGGUCUGCCAAAUUCGUGUCAGCUCCAGAUCAGCUAAUGCCUUACCUUUCCCUUGACAUUUUGCGGGACUAUCCAGGACUUCCAGGACUGUUUGUUGCCUGUGCAUACAGUGGAACCUUAAGUACUGUGUCCUCCAGUAUCAAUGCUUUAGCUGCUGUCACAGUGGAAGACCUUGUGAAACCUUUCUACAAGUCCCUCAGUGAAACCAAGCUGUCAUGGAUUUCCAAAGGGACAAGUCUCUUGUAUGGUGCGAUAUGUAUUGCCAUGGCGGGCUUGGCAUCCCUAAUGGGUGGCUUAUUACAGGCUGCUCUUUCCAUCUUCGGUAUGGUGGGGGGACCUUUGCUAGGUCUGUUUUCUCUAGGAAUCCUCUUUCCCUUUACAAACUCCAUAGGUGCGUUGACUGGUCUCUUGUCUGGUUUUGCAAUUUCGUUAUGGGUUGGUAUUGGAUCUCAGCUUUACCCUCCUCUGCCUAUAAGAACUCUACCCAAAUUCCUGUCAACAGAGGGCUGCAAUUUCAGCACUGUAGACACUAACUGGACGUUAACAACAGCACUUCCUGCAGUGACUGGUAUAUUGUCAGAAACUCAAGCUGAAGACCUGACCUGGCUGAUAAACUGGUACUCCCUGUCAUAUCUAUACUUCAGUACAAUUGGAACGAUUGUUGCUGUUGUUGUGGGAAUAACAGUUAGCUUACUAACAGGUAAGGUCUUUGUUACAGUAUAA